AUGACAAACAAACCUAUACUUGUAAUUUUUCUCCUUCUGCUUGCUGUCAAAUUAAGUCUAACAUUAAGGAAUCAAAAUGGAAAAAUUCAACCUAAGAAAGGCAUUUUUGUUCAAAUAGAUAGAGACAUGAAUGAACCGCCUUACCCGACCAUUAAUGUUUAUUACACCGAGUCAAUUAUAAACGAAGAUUUAGUAAAAGAAAUAGAAAACAAUAGAAAAAUGGAGCAAAAUAAAGUUCAUAAUUAUUUUAGAAAGAAUUUGGCAAGGAAUAAAUAUUUCAUGGAUUAUUCCAAAAAACAAAAAGAACAAAUUGAGUCACUAAUGGAUCUAAGUGGAUAA